AACACGGAAGAGAAAAAACCUUUCCUCUUUCCACGCCUCUCCGCCCCCGAUCCGCGCCGCGGCUGCACCACCACCGCCAAAAAAUCCAAUCGCCCAUGCAACCCCCCGCGCUCGCCGGGCCGGCCGCGACCGCCGCCCUGCCGCCCGCCGUCUUCCCCAAGGACUCCCGCCCGCUCCCCUGCCUCCUGCUCGCCUCGCUCCUGCUCCUGCUGCUCCUCCACCUCCUCUCCUCCUCUGCUCCUCCUUCGUCCUCGCCGCCGCUGCCGGCCACGCCCGACCACAUCCCGCUCCCCGUCGACGCCUCCUCCUCUGGGCCGACCCCGCCCUCCCUCGCAUUCCUCCUCACCGGCUCGGUGGGCGACGCCGACCGCCUCCUCCGGCUGCUCCUCGCCGCCUACCACCCCCGCAACCUCUACCUCCUCCUCCUCGACCGCGCCGCGUCCGCGGGGGAACGAGCGCGGCUCGCCCGCGAGGCGCGGGCUGGCCCUGGGCGCGCCAAUGUCCACGUCGUCGGCGACCCCGGGUUCGCCAACCCCCAUGGCGCGUCCACGCUCGCCGCCACCCUGCACGGCGCGGCCUUGCUGCUGCGGGUAGGCCAGGACUGGGACUGGUUUGUGCACCUCGACGCUGGUGACUACCCGCUCGUCACUCCGGACGAUCUCCUACAUGUUUUAUCAUAUCUACCAAAGGAUCUCAACUUCAUCCAGCAUACCAGUUAUAUCGGUUGGAGGGAGUCAAGACAGAUAAGACCGAUAGUUGUUGAUCCUGGUUUAUAUCUCUCAUCCAGGACUGAUAUAUUUUAUGCCACUCAAAAACGCGAACUGCCAAAUGCAUAUAAACUAUUUACAGGUUCUUCAUCUGUUAUCCUUUCUCGGAAAUUUACAGAGUACUGUAUCAUUGGUACCGACAAUCUACCAAGAACCAUGCUAAUGUACUAUACUAACAUGCCCUUGCCACACCGGAAGUAUUUCCAGACAGUUCUUUGCAACUCCCACGAGUUUAACAGGACUGUUGUUAACCAUGACCUACACUAUUCAAAAUGGGACUCACAUUCAAAAAAAGAGCCCCUUCUACUGACCCUGGAUGAUGUAGAAAAUAUGACUCAAAGUGGCGUAGCUUUUGGGACAGGAUUUUCUAAGGACGAUCCUGUUCUUAACCACAUCGACGACGAAAUUUUACACCGGCAGCCAGGAGAACCAGCCCCAGGGGGAUGGUGCAUAGGUGUUGGGGAUGCUAGUCCAUGUUCUGUUUCAGGUAACCCGGAUAUUCUUAGACCUGGGCCUACAGCUAUGAAACUUGCGAAGUUUCUUGCACAAAGAUUGACUUACCAGAACUUCUAUUCGCAGCAAUGUAUAUGGGAUUGAUGGAACAUGAUUGUAUUUCUGGAAACUACCAGUAUCUAUGUUUGCCUCUUGCUGUGGUGCUUCUUUGUUUA